AUAACAGUUAAGUAUUGAAAACUUCAUAAAUUAUGCGAUGUGCAGCAAUUCGUGGCUAUUGUAUUUUUCAUGUAGUAUAUAUAUUUGAAUUCUAUAAAGUUUUUUUAUUCAGUUAAAAAAUAAUAAAAAUUAAAUUUCAAUGGAAAAGGUACAAGUAGAAGAAAAGACAAGAGAAGAAGUCGAAGCCGAGCGCAAAGCUAAGCGACUAGCCAAACAGGAACGGAAGAAAGCAGCACUUGAUAAACAGAAAUCUGAUGGAAAAGUAGAAAACAAACAAAAAUCCAAUACAUCAAAUGUUACAGAUGCAGCUAAAGAGCCAUUAGUUAAUUCUAAUAAACCAGCAAAAACACCGAAAAUUUUAAAACCUGAUAACACAAAGGCAACUAAGAAGUUACCACAACCUCAGAAAGUUGAAGUAUCAAAUAAGCCAACAGAUGUUAAAAACAUAAAAAAUAAAGAAAAUAUCAUUAAUUCUAAAAUUAUCGAUGUAGCCAGUUGUAAAGCUACUAAUGUAACCAAAAAACCUGUGGCAGCAAACACACAUAAAGUUAAAUUGUUCAACCAUCUUUAUAAUGAUACUCUAUCUAAUGAAAAAAAACUAAUGAUAAAUUCAGGCAAAGUUCAUCCAGCUUUCAUUAGACUUGGCAUACAGUUAAAAACCAAUAUAGUAGCGGGUUCCAAUUCCAGAUGCCUAGCUUUUCUUUAUGCACUUCAACAAACUAUAUCCGAUUUUGUGACACCUGAACACAAGCAGUUCUCUCGUUCUCUCGAAGAACACCUUGGACCCACUAUCGAUCAUCUAAUGACUUGUCGACCAUUUUCUGUAUCAAUGACUAACGCUUUUAAACAUGUCAUGUGGCACAUCAAGCGGUUAUCUAGCAAUAUUACGGACGCUAAUGCUAAGGAAAAAAUUGAAAACAUUAUUAGUAGUUUUAUUUAUGUACAAAUUAAAAUGGCCGGCAAAGCAAUUUGUAUAGCUGCACAAAAUAAAAUUGCCAACGAUGAUGUUAUACUUACUUAUGGAUAUUCGUCUCUUGUUGAACGGAUAUUAACGGAAGCUCAUUGUAAAAAUAAACAGUUUUCUGUGAUUGUGGUUGACUCUGCCCCGUGGUACGAAGGCCGACAGCUGUUACGACGACUAGUUCGUCAUAAUAUACCAUGUACAUACGUUCUUUUAUCAGCCACUAGUUUCAUCAUGACUAGGGCUACCAAAGUGUUACUUGGUGCACACGCUUUAUUAGCCAAUGGUUAUGUCAUGGGACGGGCAGGAAGUUCUCAGGUGGCUUUAAUAGCCAAACAUUUUAACGUACCAGUAUUGGUGUGUUGUGAAACUUACAAGUUUACUGAUCGUGUUCAAACUGAUUCGAUCGUUUUUAAUGAACUCGGUGAUGAGAGUGAAAUGAUGCCCAAAGAACAAUGGUUGAACAACCGUUACUUAACACCACUUUGCCUUAGGUAUGACGUAACAACACCAGACUUAAUAACCGCCGUAGUCACAGAAAUUGCGAUAUUACCAUGUACAAGUGUUCCGGUAGUUUUAAGAGUGCGACCAAACGAAUAUGGUGUAUGUAACAAGUUUGAUUGAAAUAUAAAUAGAAAUAAAUUAUCGAACAUAUACAUAUAGAUUUUUUUAAACAGUUUUUAUUUUCCUUAAUAAUAUAUUUAUUUUUAAAUGUACAAUGUUCCUUCCAAGAAAAUUGUAACAUAUUUGAUUCUUGGAUUCUGACGAAAUUGUAAUUGUAUAAUGCUUAGUGGUAACAAUUUCAUUUAGUUUUUUUAAUGUCCAUGGAACAAACUAUUAGUUCAACACAUAAGCGGCUAAGUACUAAAAAUUAAACCAAAUAUAAAAUAAUUUUUGUCUUUUACAAAA